UUAUUCCCCUUUGCGGUGAGAGAUACAUUGUUAACUUAAAUCAAUAUAGAGCCAUUUUCCCAAAUGGUAUAGAGCAACAAACCAAUGGAUUUGUCGAUAUUAUACAGGUAAAAGGACUCCGUGAUGAAAGACAACUGAUCGAUAAGGGAAAGGCCACCGCUGAUACGUAAAAACAUAACAUUAGCAGCAUUGCAGCGAGUGCCAUAGUCGUGAAGGUGAUUCACUGGAUUAUUGGUCUGUGUUUUGUUUACUUUUGUGCGAUCAAUUUACUUAAUGGUUGAGAUAUGAGGUGCAACACAUACAUAAAUAUUCUGAGAAAAAUAUGAAUCAUUGACUGGAAUAAUGUGUGAAUAUUAAUGAUUUUUCCUCUGAAAUAGUGUGUAUGACGUAAGGAUUAUUUUAACAUAUACGAUUUCGUUAUUGAACACAAUAAAUGAACUAUAAAACAUGUAACUGUUUAGCCAACGGCUAAUUAAAAUGUCCUGACACAUUUUAAUGACAGUUUUGUGUCUAUUUAAUGGAUAUCAACAUGUAAACGAAAUGUUAAAUUAAUUAUAUUGUGGAUUAAAAUGUUAUACCAUAUUGUUUGUGUAUGUGGGAAUCAAUAUGAGAAUAAUGAUAUGGAUUUAUGUUUGAUAUCUCCCAUAAUCAACAUUGAAGGAGUAUUGUAGUAUUAACUGACGUGAUUCAAUUAAUCCAACAAUUAAAAUGUAGUUUUUACGCUACCAUUUAUUGUACUGUAAAUAAUUGUAAAAUAUAAUGUAGCGUUACGGUAUUAUUUCUUCACUUUUUCUAAAUUGUAACAUACUGAAUAUAACCACGUGUAUAUCUUUCACUCUGGAUUCUGUUAGGCUUAAGGGUGAUCUAAAUUUUGUUCCGUUUUAAUAUAUUCGGUGUUAAAAGGAUUGUGUAAUUUGGAGUCGAUAACAUGACGUUUACUCAUUGUAAAUAUUGACUCAGCUCACGGUAACAUUUGUUUGUUGAAUUAAUCUUCUUUUUUGAAAUCAAAGACGGAAACAAUGACUGAAAGUUUCGAUUUUUUACGUUAACCUUAAGCUGUUACAGACUUAUCAAACGAUUAGUGUACUAUCAAAGAUUAUCCUUAAGGAAAUAAUUAACUAGUCGGUGAUUUAACUUUUAUAUAUUCGGUUCACUGCCGAAAAUAAAAUAGCAAAUGGAUUCCGAGCGAGAAGUAUAUGCUGAGGGAGAAGUAGAGGCUGGGGACAGAAGCAAUUAUGGGGAAGAGGACAAUCUACGAGCGAUGCUGGAACAGAAGGAUCGAGACUUGAUGCUUGCUGCGGAGCUUGGAAAAGCGUUGUUAGAAAAGAAUUUAGAUCAGGAAAAAAAGUUAGAACAAGUUACUGAAGAGUAUAAUCAAAACAUUGAGGCAUUAGAGCAGGAAAGACAUGGAUUACAUCUUAAGUUGGAGAAUUUGGAAGGUGAAUAUGAGAACACCGUUAAAGAGCUACAGUACGAUAUUGCACAGCUUAGGGAGGAACUUGAUAGAAAUAAACAUGACUCCUAUGCGGGGGAGAAGAACAAAUUAAAUAGAAUACAAGAACUUUCGCAACAGAAUGAAAAGCUGCUGGAAGAACUGCAAAAUGCCAGAAGAAUGGAACAAGAGUAUGAAUCGAAACUGCAUACAAUCAAGAAUAGUGGUCUUGCAAACAUCUCAGCCAAACAAGCCUGCCAGAUAGAACAUCUUCAGGAACAGUCUGAUAUGGCUAAUCUACUUGGUGUUCAAAUGGAAGCUGGGCUGAAUCCUGCGUUAAAGCUGGGUGGUCACGCGGAUGUUGGAUUAAAACCCUCGGCGAAUCUAAAAGAAAAUGAUUCUAGUAAAGAAAUGAAGAAGGAAAAUGAAGAACAACCAGAAGAAAGUGUCACCUAG